GGUGUUUUAGUGGUGUUUACGUUGGCAGUUCUGUUCGGUGCCGUGAGCGUGAUGAGCGGAACACCACCAUUGUUUAUUUAUUAUGACAUAUUUUGUACAAAGAAUGAUUUUACUGAUUGUUGUGAUUUAAAUUAGCUUAAAUAGUGCCUAGAAAUGAGUCACAUGUCACCAUUUCGCCUAAAUGUCCAAAACAUUGCAUCCGAGUUAUCAACAAGCAGUUCAAAUCCCAAAAAACGUCGAAAAAACGUGCAAACACCAAUUCAAACACCCACAAAUGUGCAGGACUUACUGCCGCCCCCUUUAUCGGGCUACGGCGACACGAUCGUCGCGUCGAACCCGUUCGACGACUGCCCCAGUAAUGUGAAUUCGAUGAACGUGCGGAACAUGCCCCCCAUGGGCAUGGGCCCGAACAUGUCCAUGGGGGUGAACAACAUGAACAUGUGCAGACCGAUGGGCCCAGCGAUGCAAGGCCCGGGACCCAUGGGACCUGGACCCAUCAAUAACGGGCCCCAAAUGAACGGCCCCAUGACCGCCGGCAUGAACAUGAGCAGCCCCAACGGGCCCAUCGGCCCCCCACACAACAACUUCAUGAUGUCGCCCAUGAACACCAUGUACUCGAAACCCAUGCCGGGGCCCAUGCCCGGCAACAUGGGCGGGCCGGGACCCAUGAACAACGGCCCACAAAUGAAUGGCCCCAUGUCAGCUGCCAUGAACAUGAGCAGCCCCAAUGGACCCAUAGAAUUUUUCUCUCAAGUAGGGCCCCCUCACAACAAUAAUUUCAUGAUGUCGCCGAUGAAUACCAUGUAUUCGAAACCAAUGCCCGUCAGUGCUGGUAAAGUAUACCCAGCGGACCAACCAAUGGUUUUUAAUUCGCAAAAUCCCAAUGCGCCGCCUAUUUACCCCUGUGGGGUGUGUCACAAGGAAGUGCACGACAACGAUCAAGCCAUUCUGUGUGAGAGUGGCUGCAACUUUUGGUUUCACAGGGGUUGUACAGGCUUAACAGAAGCAGCUUUCCAGCUGCUGACGGCUGAAGUUUAUGCUGAGUGGGUUUGUGAUAAAUGUCUAUCAUCAAAAAAUAUCCCUUUAGUUAAAUUUAAGCCAUAGAAACUGUACCAAUACCAAUAAAAUUGUUAAUGUUAUUGUUAUGAUAAGACUGAAGACCGUAAAGAAAGUCACAUCACUCGUUUUAAGACAAUUCAUUUUUAGUAGAAUCUCAUUGUAUUUUAAUAUAUUGUAUAUAGUUAGGUCGCCUUUUUUAUAAAUAUGUGUAUAAAGCCGUUAGUACACACGCCUACAAAUAGUGGUAGCAUUAAUUGUCAUUAUAAUAAUUUAAGGGUAUCUAACUGUAUGUAUCAUAUACACAAUAUGUUGUAACAAACUGGACGCAGCAUAUUCAUUACAUCAUGUAUUGUAAAUAGCAAUUAUGUUCCAUUAAUUUUAUUUAAAUGAAAAUAUAUAUAAUAUAAUAUAA